AAGAGGGAGUGGAAGCGAGAAAGACCAGAAGGACAAGACAGAGCAUGCAGGAGCUGAAUUCCAAGUUUGUGUCUUGUUUACUUUUGUCACUUUCCAUUUCUUCAGCUAUGACUCGCAGACUGAACAUGAGGAUAUUUUGCAGCUGAUUUACUAUAAAUUAUCAGUCAUCGAACAAGUUAAAUCGCUCGGAUCUGGUCCACAAUGAGCGCGUCUGCAGGUACAGGGGUGUUUGUGCUCUCCCUCAUGUCCAUCCCCAUCUGCUAUUUAUUCAACUCCCUCGUUUACAACAACAGUGCUGAAGCUUUCUUCUUCGCUGGGUGCUCAACAGUCCUCAUCUUGGUCAUUUCUGCUCGUUUUAUGCUCAAGAAGAAGACUCCAGGAGAUCCUCUUUUCUAUGUGUACGCUCUGUAUGCAUUCCUCAGUGUGGUGAAUCUGAUCAUUGGCCUGGAGCAGGACAACAUCAUUGAUGGAUUUGUGACGUUUUAUCUCAAAGAGGCAAAUCCACAUAUUAAUACAGCACAUGGGCACAUGAUCUCCUACUGGGAUGGCUGUGUGCACUAUCUCAUGUAUCUGCUGAUGAUCGCUGCAAUCACAUGGGGGGACAGUUACCGAGCAAUCGGACUCUACUGGGUGGGAUCCUUUCUCAUGCGUGCCAUAGUCUACAUUCUUGGGAAUGCUGUGGGAAAAUAUGGGACCCAAGUCAGCCCCCUCUUCAUCCUCCACAUGCUGUAUAUCUCAGUGUCUGUGUGGGCAUGCUUCCGCAUCUUUAGUCAACCCUCUGCAAGGGACGUUCAGAUAACAAACAUUCAGGAGACUCCGAGGGCAGGUUUGCUCCACAGACCUCUGGACUUACUCUUCAUCAUCUACCUCAUCCCAGCGCUGGCUUUCUGCAUCUUCAGAGGCCUGGUUGUUCUGGACUGUUCCAGCAAAUGGUGUCAGGACUACACACAGCAGUAUGAGCCUUAUUUGAAAGACCCCUCAGCAUAUCCUAAAGUACAGAUGCUGGUGAGCAUGCUGUAUUCGGGCCCGUACUACAUCAUUACUCUGUAUGGGCUGUUGGUUCCAGGAUGUGAGUGGAUGCCGGACCUGACUCUUGUCCACUCUGGAGCGUUGGCACAGGCUCAGUUCUCUCAUAUCGGUGCAUCUCUUCACACACGUACGCCGUUCUCGUACAGAGUUCCUGCUGGCAUCCAGCCGGUGUUCUUGCUGGUCAAUGUGCUGUACACUCUGGUGCCUCAGGCUCUGUGUUACCGCUGCUGCACCAGGCCUGCCUUCUUCCUCAGGCCGCCGUUGGAGAAGAAGAAAGAAUAGCACAGAGUGUUAGGGAGAGAAAAAGAAUGCCACAGAUGUCGAGGAUGCCUACAUAAAAGGCUGAAGCACUUGCUAAGUCCUGCUCUGUGUUUGCAGUUAUUAGCAGUUGCUAUUUUGAGAGAUGGAGCUGCCACCUAUAACCUUAAUGAGAGCUAAGUGGAGGUGUUGGAAGCACGACAAAGCAAACAGAGCUUGUGUCUUCUGGCAUUUAUCGUCUGUUGCUUCUUUACAAAUGUGAACAUAAAUUUAUAAAAUAAAUAAAGCGUGUUUGUGUGAGUGUAAAGCAACAGUAAGCACAGGAAAGCACCCAGUGUUUAUAAUAGUGCUCUAGAUACUUGUCUAUGAAAAUGAAACUACUUGACAAUACUUGUUCUUAUAUUUUUGCUAAGCUUUUUGGUUACAAAAACAGCUUCCUUGUUGGCACUGAGGUUUCUCUGUGGAUUGACAAAUAAAAAAACAAUUCCAGUGUCUGUGUAUAUAGGCAGUAUUUUUACAUAAUAGCAAAUAUUAAACCAUUUAAUGGCCUUUAGUAAACAAAAAUUGUAUGAACUUUUCACAUUCAUAAUAAGUUCCGAAUAAAAAUUGAAAGGUACGAGCCACACUGAAAAAAUACAGAUUAUUUUUCAUAUAAUUUCUGUUGUUUUAUUUUUGGCAAUCUCAAACAAAUUUUAAUUUCACUGUCACUAUUAUCGUUGGCUUUACCGUAAAAAUAAUUAGAAAGUGUACAGUCCUAGCACAAAAUUAAAAACAGGAAGAAAAACAUUUUUGAUGGUCUAUAUUUCAUAAUAUAUAUUGGAAAUAUUUUUUCUGGUAUUUCACUGCGGAUUAUAAAGAAGAAAUUCCUUUUGUAAGUAUCUACACUGAAUUUGUAAUAAACUUAGAACUUUUAUGUUGAAUGUAUCCUAUAAUGGUACUUUUGGAAAUAUUUAGAAGCUAUGCUUGUGAUUGUAGUAACCUGAUAUCAGAAUAAGACUUUUUCGAUCAUUUUCUCAGUCUACACUGUGUUGUAUUUCAUCACUAAAAAAAUUAUACACAAAUGUGGAAAUGUAUAUUUGAUGUAAGAUUGUAAAGAUGUAAAUGAAAAUAAAUGGAUUAAAUUGAAUAGAAAAUGGGCGUAAGAUGCA